AUGCGCCUGUUCCACAACCUGUAUAGGAUUUUAAGGAAACAAAGAAGCAAAAUGGGGAGAAGAAAUGGUGAGAACUGUGGCACCAACCUGCGUGUGUCAAACAUCUCUCAUGAGAAUUUAUCUCACUGGAAUUUGGAUUCAGAAGUACCUGUUCCUGAAAAUAAAAACCUCCCACUUGGAAGGGAUAGUGCAGCAGGUGGCAAAAGUAACAAGAACCAUUUGGAAAUUCCAGUAGAGCAACUGAUGCUAGAACUCAAUUUGUCAGAGACUGCUCACAAAAGAACACAGAAAAGUAAAGAAGGGAUAUUUCAGUUAUGGAGUUAUCCUGUUGACGAAGGAAGUACCAUGAACAACAGGGAUUUCAAAAAACCUUCUAUGGAAAUUGGCUUUAAUACAAUCAACAGUCCCAUAAAGUUCUUCACUCUGAACCACUCACUACCAAGCGCUCCAGUUGAUAAGCAAGUUGGUUCUUACUCUGAACUGCCGACAUCAGCAGGUCUCUGCUGGUCCUAUGCCGAUGGAGACUUUUUUAAAGACAGAAAUGAGGCUCAUGUUAAUUUAUGUUCAACUAUAGAAAAUAAUGGUGAAACUUUAUCUGCUCCAAAUUGGAAUUUGAAAUAUGGAAACAGCAGUGUAGAAGAAAAUUUAACAGAUGAAAGUGAUUUAUCAGAAAAUGAAAAGGCAAAUGAUGCUCUACUCAGCUAUUUUAAAAAGAUGGACCUGAACUUAAAGCCAGAAACAAUAGAAAAUGUUGAAGAAUCUUUCACAGAAGAACCGAGUGAAGUAUUUCCAUAUCCUGAUUUUCUCCCUCCUCCUUUCAAUACUCUGGACUUGCACAAAUUAGCCUUCUCAAAAUCUGAAAAUUGGAAAGCAACAGUGGAAUCCCCAGAAAGUCGUAUUGAACAUUUGAUAACUCGUUUAUUGGAACUAGAACGAUUACAACAUAUGACUAUACAAAAAGAGAAACCAAGAUUACAAACUACCUUCUGUACGCCAGCUGUUACUGAAAGACCCUCUUCCUCCAAAACUAUACCAAAAAUGAGACAGCCAAAACUUUCUGAGUCUGUAAGUCUUCAGACAACUUGUAUAGACAAAACUAGAGAAAAAAGAAAAAAUAAUUCUGGUACUUUCAAGCUUGAACAAACUGCUUCAAAAUGGAAUUGGAGCAAUGUUGGCAAAUAUAAAUGGGAUUGUAGACCACCAUCUCUAAAAGGUUCAUCCACAACAAAACAACUGAUGACAACUUACGAUGACUUUAAGAAUCCCAAAAGCUCAACUUUAAGUCCAUGCCAAGAACCCUCAGCCAAUCCAACUACUGCCCAAACAACUCAGUCACUGGUUAAGCUGGUUUCAGCAAGACCUUGUCUGCCAACAAGGUCUCUAAUACCAGUUUCAUCCAUAACUCUAUCUUUUCCUGAAAAUCAGACAGAAGAAAUUAGGGCACCAAGGACCAAAAAGAAACUUUACCAAAAAUACAUAGAAUUAAACAGACCAUUCUAUAUUCAAAAGCUAAACUGUUUAUCACCUUCAUUUAUAACUAAGGGUAAGUGCUCAUCCAUUGAGCAAAUAUAA